AUGGCGGAGGCUGAGGGUCCCUGGCGGCUGCUGGAGGUGUGCGAGCAGAGGUUCUCCCAGUUCCUCCACAACGCCCAGCACAAGCACCUGGCCUGGCUGCGGGAGGUGGAGGAGCAGGGCAGGAGGCUGCUGGAGAGCAACUUCCAGGCUGAGCCUGGGUUAAUGCCCAAGAAGCCGUCACAGCGGAGACACCCCAAGAAGCGUCAGUCUUCGUCUGUGAGAGAUGAGAGCGUGCCAACCAGGAGGAGGUUGUCCAGAAGGAGAAGCAGUGUCAAACUAGCAUCUUCCAAGCCGGGUUCCCAAAGAUGCCACAGCAAAGAGCAGCCCCAGAACCCCAGCGGGCAGGGGGAGGAGGUCUCUGUGCCCGACUGUGCGGCGAAGCCUCAGCUCGGUGUUAAAACUGAGCUUCCAGCACCGCCUGGGAAACUGCCUGCAGAAGUACAAGGUCGUGUGGCAAAAGCGGGUUGUGAUGAUGGUCCUCAGGCUGAGCUAUCACCAGAGGGAGACGGUGCCGACGGUGGUGGUGCAGCCUUUAAAACUCUCACCGGGGAGCAGGUGCCCAAGGGGGAUGCAGCUACUGAACGGCACGAUGUUCCUGCUGUCACUGUGAUCCCUGGCGAGCAGGCAGCAAGGGAUGGGGAAGAGGCCCCUCAAAGAAGAUCAAGUACCCCCACAACGGAGGCUGCUAGAAAAAGAGAUCCUGCCACGCUCCGAGGAGAUCUGUCUCCUCAAGACCUCGAAAAGGUGCUUUUCCAGGAUCCCAACUACAAAAGGGCUGCAACGAAAUCCAAAACACGCCGUUGCUCUGGACGCCAAAGCUUUGUGGGUGGCCCCCACAAAAACCGUAGGACUUCCUUGUCAGAAAAAUAUUCACUGGCCAGCAAAAGAGAGAGCAUGAUUCAGAAGUCCAUCAGCAGGGCCAUCUCAAAGAAGGCAGCAGCAGCACGAGAAUCAUCCUCUGCCUCCAGCAGAGUGAGCUGUCAAAGCUCCUUGGAGGUUUUUGUGGAAGGAGAUGUGACCAGCAACGUGAGAUCUGGACCAGAACUGAACUCCCAAAGUGAAAAGGUUCCUGAAAACUUCCUCACUUCAAGCAAAGAUGGAAAAGCUGCCAGCCCUCCUGCACAGCACUCAUCUCCUCCUGAACAGCAGGCAGGGAAUAAUGAAGGCGGCAGUGUAAAUCCAAACAAUAAACCCCAGAACACGAACCAGGAACAAGCCCACGGUGCCAAGUCCCAGGAGAGUCCUUCAUGCAUCUGGACAAGGAGCUGUAAACAAAGAAUGGGCGUUGUACGGAAUGGGCAGCAGCCAGGAGGUCGCGCCCCUUUGGAAGACAAGCACGUCAAUUCUACCAACCAGGCUCCACGUUCUGCCUCUCCCGCUAGUAAGGUUGUCAGACCCCUGAAAAACUUCCUGCAGGCAGUGCAGAGAAGCCAGCUACUCGCAAGCCCUGGGCCUGCAGGACAUGGGAGUGUGAUAAAGAACUUGAUCAAACACAACACUCCCACCCGACCUGAUCCUAAGAAGAAGGAGCGACAGAGACUGGAAAGCCUGAGGAAGAAGCAGGAGGCUGAGGAACAAAGGAGAAAGAAAGUGGAGGAGGAAAAGAGACGGCGGCAGGCAGAAAUGAAGCAAAAGAGGGAAGAGCGUCUGAGGAAGGCACUUCAGGCUCGAGAGCGGGUGGAACAACUGGAAGAAGAGAAGAAGAAGAAGCGAAUGCAACAGAAGACUUUACAGAAUGAUGAGAAGGUGCGCCUCUCACAAGUGCGGGAAGAGAGAGUGUCAGAGGAAUGGAGCAAGAAAAAACUGUCAAAGAAACCUGGAGAAACUGACGCAUGGAAACAGAAAACCCUGAAGGUGGAGGAAGAUGAAUUUGAGCAGCAUGAACUACUGCAGAAAAGGAGAGAAGAUAAAGCGAAAGAAAAAGGAAAGAAAGCUUUGGAACUGAAACAUCUUGUAGAGCAGCGACAGGUGGAGCAAGUAAAGGAGAGGGAUCUCAAACAGCAGGGGGGAGAGAAGUCCCCACAACCUCAGCUGGAGCCAGUGGUGUUUACUGAAAAAUACAUGAAGGCCAAAGAGAGCCCAAAAGAGCUGUACCAGCUGCUUGGGCAGGAGGAGAGAGUCAGGCAACCAGAAUCCAUUGCAAUGACUUCUGAUACCUGGGUGAGCACGGUAAAGGAAGAAGAUGAUCUGGAGGAGCCCUGGCAGCAGCUGGCAGAGGAGAAAAAAAUCAAGCAACCAGAAUCAUCCUCUGCUGCCUCCAACACGUGUCUGAGCAAAACCGUAAAGAAAUCUAUCUCCACAUCCUGUUUAAAGCCCCCAAAGAGCACGAAGAUUUUCAGGUCCCCCAAGGUAAAUGAAAACAACUAUGGGAUGGAUCUGAACAGUGAUGAUUCCACAGAUGAUGAGAGUGCACCUCGGAAGCCUGUCCCUGCCUGGGCUGAUGGGUCUCAGCUUAAUCAAGCCAUUGUCCACCAAUACUAUCACCCAGUGGAUGUUGAUGAGCUCUUUGGGUUAAUUACAAGCCCUAAGCUGGAGGAUAUUUUUGGCAAGAGCAAGCCUCGAUACUUCAAACGCACAAGCUCAGCAGUUUGGCAUUCCCCGCCUGGGACCAAAUCUGCUUGUGGCCCCACCUGCAACUUCAAAAACUGAGAAAAUGCGA